AUGGCCGAGGGCUUCACUCCCCAGUUGACACAAACGAAGUUCAAUCCAACCAUCAACGAUGAUAGUGAUGAACAACAAAUAACCGAUACUUCGAAUUCGGUGGGCGGUCGAAAAUGCAUUCCAAUUGCGGACAAAGAAUACAUCGCUCAUGUGAAUGCGUGUCUUAAUAAAUCAUCACGUUCAUCACGUUCGACCCAGUCAGUUCCAAGGAAACACUCUACAUGUUUUGUAUGCAAGUCACCAUUUGCUUCUAAUGGGCUUUUGAAUCAUGUGAUGCCAUGCCGAUUUCAUCAUGAAUAUUGUAUUCCUUGUAUACAAAAAUCGAUGGAAGAACAUAUAAAAUCAAAGACCAAUCCAGUUUGUUUUACGGGCGUUUGUGAUUAUCAACUGUCAAAAUAUGAUGUGGCAUGUUUACCAUUUGAUGAGGAUAUGAUUACACAUUUAUCGGCACUUGUUACUAUAGAACGACGUGCUCAAUGUCCUAAAUGUCUGUUCUAUGGUGAAUUCCAAACCAUGUCGAGAUUUCAAAAGCAUGUGGCAUCAUGUGAUCCAGAGGAUAUGGUUCCAUGUGAAUCUUGCCGCUGUCUAUAUAGAUUUCAUCAAUUGGAUGAACAUUAUCGAUAUUGUCGUAAUAUUCCAGUACACCAAAGGCAACAAGCAUUUAUAGAUUUUAUUAUAUCGAAAUCGAAAUAUCCAUUUACACCAGUACAAGUUCGUUAUUACAUCGAACUUCAAAAGCAAAAGCGACGAGUGAUUGGUCCACAUGAAAUUGUCGACGGCUUGGCUGCAUUCGAAGAUAAAUUUCCAUACAAAGUGCCUACUCUCGACUGUGGUGUUUGCAUGGAAUCAUAUCCGUACGAGGAUAUUUUCGUUUUCGGAUGCAAGGACGAUCAUAAAUUGUGUUACACUUGCUUCGAGCAAUCAUGCACAACUAAGAUGAAUAGUGGUGAAGUGCUUACGUGCGCUUUAUGUAAUUAUCAAUUGCAGGAUGGAGAUAUUAAUCAAUUACGAGUGUCACGGAAUCAGAAGAGAAAGUUUCAUGAAUAUCAAAUACAGAAGACAUUUGCUAAUUUCGUUAACAAUGCUCGUGGCCUAAUUAAAUGUCCGAAUCGAGAUUGUAAAUGGGUAGUGGAAGUACGAAACCCCAAUGAACGUUUUCGAGUCAAAUGUAAUGCUUGUUCGAACGAGUUUUGUUCAAUUUGUAAUCAACAAUAUCACUAUCGAUCGAGUUGCCGUGAACUAACGCAAAUAACGCAAAAAUGGUUUGUUUGGUGUAAUACAGAACGUGGCAAUUACUGGAAAAUUCGAGCACAGCAAGAUGCUAGUUGUCGUGCUCAAUUGGAUGAUUAUGAAAAACAACAAGGGGCGAAUGCUAAGCGAAACGAAGAAUUGCGUCGUCGUUACGAAGAAUUGAAAGCGGAUGAAGAGUUAAAAGCUAAGACUUGUCGUCUUUGUCCACAUUGUAAACGAGUUGUGCAACACAUGGGAGGAUGCAGUAGUAUGAUAUGUGGACAAAAUUAUCAUGGAGGUGAUCAGCAAUCAGGAUGUGGCAAAACUUUUGACUGGAAUCAGGCUCUACCUUACAUACCAAUGGUAAAUACGGUUCAAGAACAAAUGAAAAGUGCCCUAACAAAUCAAAAAAGAGUCGUACAUACAGGAAUCAGGUGCAAGAAUUGCCACAAAGAAAUUGAAGGCAUUCGCUUUGAUUGUAUUCAUUGUCAUUCAUUGAAUUAUUGUGAGAUAUGUGAGCAACGGUGCACUCUGACUCAUUCGGAAGAACUUCGACGACAGAAUAAACAACAACAUGUAUUUCGACUGGUAACGAUACCAGAAGCUUCACACAAGUGA